UAUCUAUAAACAUAAAAUAUUAGUCUGGGAUGUUGCUCAUUUAAUGGUCAAGAACUUGUCUACAGCUCUUGCAAAUUUAAAAUUAUCAUACUCUGAAAUAAUUGCCAAAAAUACAUUCAACAAGGAAAAACUUAAAUACUCCCCAGGCAUACCUUUUACUAUAAUAUAUAAAACUAGAAAACAAAUAUUACAAGAUGAGUAG